CUUUGAAAGAGAAUAGCUCAGAAGUGGUUCAGCCUUUUCUAAUGGGCUGUGGAACAAAAGAACCAAAGAUCACUCAGCUAUGUCUAGCUGCUAUCCAGAGGCUCAUGUCUCAUGAAGUUGUUUCAGAGGUUGCUGCUGGAAAUGUUAUUAAUAUGCUUUGGCAACUUAUGGAAAAUAGCCUUGAGGAACUUAAGCUGCUUCAAACUGUUCUUGUAUUACUAACAACCAAUACCGUUGUCCACGAUGAAGUGCUUUCCAAGGCAAUUGUUCUUUGUUUUCGAUUACACUUUACAAAAGAUAAUAUCACCAAUAAUACUGCAGCAGCCACAGUCCGGCAGGUAGUUACUGUUGUUUUUGAAAGAGUGGUUGCCGAAGAUGAACGGUAUAAAGGUUUUAUUGAGGAGCCAGUAGGAAAUCAAGGAAAUAGUAACAGAAGAUCUGUAAGCACCUUGAAACCAUGUGCUAAAGAUGCAUAUAUGCUUUUUCAGGAUCUUUGUCAACUAGUUAAUGCUGAUGCCCCUUACUGGCUUGUAGGUAUGACAGAAAUGACUCGGACAUUUGGUUUGGAGCUACUUGAAUCAGUCCUCAAUGAUUUCCCACAAGUAUUUUUACAGCAUCAAGAAUUUAGUUUCCUGCUGAAAGAAAGAGUUUGUCCACUAGUGAUUAAGCUCUUCUCACCAAAUAUCAAAUUCAGACAAGGCUCUGGAACUUCAUCUUCACCUGCACCAGUGGAAAAGCCUUAUUUUCCUAUUUGUAUGCGCCUUUUAAGAGUUGUUUCUGUAUUAAUCAAACAGUUCUAUACUUUGUUGGUAACCGAAUGUGAAAUCUUUCUGUCAUUGCUUGUAAAGUUUCUGGAUUCAGAUAAACCUCAGUGGUUAAGAGCUGUUGCAGCAGAAUCCAUACACAGACUUUGUGUGCAACCACAACUGCUAAGGUCAUUUUGUCAAUCUUAUGAUAUGAAGCAGCAUUCUACCAAAGUAUUCCGUGACAUAGUGAAUGCUUUGGGAUCAUUUAUUCAAUCACUGUUUCUUGUACCAAAUACAGGAAGUGCCUCAGCUACAAUAAGCCAAACUGGAGGCAAUGGUCCUGGUGGUACAACCUCAGCACAAUCUAAUCCUGGAAUAUUAGGUAUAGGUGGAGGUGGGACUGUGUUACCUGCUUUUGAAUAUAGAGGUACUUGGAUACCUAUCCUCAACAUAUCUGCACAGGGUAGUGCUAAAGCUACCUAUUUAGAAAUGUUGGAUAAAGUUGAGCCACCAACAAUUCCCGAAGGCUAUGCUAUGUCAGUAGCAUUUCAUUGUUUGCUGGAUCUUGUCCGUGGCAUUACUAAUAUGAUUGAAGAAGAAUUGGGACAUACUGAAAUAGACAGUCAAAUAUCAACAGUCGAUGCACAGACCUCACCGACAGCAUCUUUGUACCGCCAGGAUUUUCAUUCAGCAUCUGAACAAACUGACAAAGAUACAGAUCACAGAGUUGUUUGGGAAGAAAUGGUGAAUGCAUGUUGGUGUGGUCUUCUUGCUGCACUGUCUUUACUUCUGGAUGCUAGGUAUUGAAUUGUUUUUAAAUAGUUUCAUUUUUGAAAACUAUGCUUUCUUACAGGCAAGCUAAGACUUCAUGUAGAAAAUUGCAUGUCAACUAAGUAUCAUAUUUCUGGAGACCUAAGAGACAAAAUUAUAGAAAAAUAUUUAUGGCCCAAAAACUAUAAAGAAUUGGAUAUCAUUGCAAUUUAACUGAUUAGAUAAGCAAGACUAAGCUUUUCUCUUCUAUUCUUCUAGAGAAAACAUCUAUUUAACAUUAAAAUACUGUAUCAAUAAAUAUGGUCACAUGAGAUUUAUCAUUUUUGAUACCAGGUACAUGCUAGCAAUAGCAAAUAGCAAAUAGACUUUUAUACUACUUCACAGUGCUUUAUAGCCCCAACAAUCUGGGUCCUCAUUU